CCGGUUUUGAAAAGCGGUUCGCUCCAAACCACUCUCAUCUCCGGCACAGAGAAGGAAUAAGGAAUCUUUUUACUUUGUGUCGAGGGAUUUGCAAUGUUGAGACCUAUUAGCUGCACUGCUGCGGUCGGUGUACUUUUCUUCAUUUCUAGCAGUUUGGCAGCCAGCGACUUCUGCUGGAAGGACUCGUAUACAAGGGGAGCCGGUGUGGUUCCACAGGGAUGCGCACAAAAUCAGGAUGGAAUCGGCGCCUUCUGCUACGACAGAUGUCCCGAGGGAUACUCGCGAUUCGGCUUCGACUGCCACACAAAUUGUCCCGAGGGGAUGAGGGAUGACGGUCUCUUCUGUCGGCGAGCCGAAUACGGACGAGGGGCCGGCUACCCCUGGCACUUUGGGGAUGCCCUCAACGACGAGGGGAUGUUCCAACGGUGCCGCGCAGAGAAUCCCCAGGGUUGCGAGAAGAACGGGUUGGUGGUUUACCCAAAAUGUGAAGAGGGCUACUCGGCGUUCGGGUGUUGUAUCUGCAGACCAGCUCAACCAGAUUGUCCGUCGUUAGGACUCAACCGGGGGAUUGAUUUAUCCUGCGCAAAACGCAUCCAAAUCGGAAACCCUCAAAUCGGAACUUGUGCUGAAGGGUAUGAACUUGAUGCAGGGUUAUGUUACCCGAAAUGUAGGAACGGUUACAAAGGGGUUGGGUUUGUCUGUUGGUCAAGAGCGCCCCAAAAUUGGGUCGAGUGCGGUAUGGGGGCCGCUGCAAGCUCCGCCACAUGUGGAACAACCGUUUUCAGUCAAGUCACGUCGGUCGGCCAAUUGGCUUUCAACAUAGCCACCGCGGGAGCAUCGUCCAGUGUGACACAACUUCAGGCGCCUGCAGAUCCUGAUAAGUUGGCUAAACUGAAAGCGGCCUGGGAAACUAUCAAGAAUAAUGAGUAUGUGAAGAAGGCAGUAGACGCUUAUGAGACGGGGAAGGUGGUUGGCAAGACUUAUGUCACUGUUAAUACGGCUCUGAAGGCUACGACCACUGAGGACCUCGUGAGGUUGUCGGCCAUGAUUGCAUCGUUCACCGACCCUACCGGUGUGGCGGGUGUGGUAUCCUCCUACACUUACCCCAAAUGUAGCAAACUGUUCGGACAGUAAUUUAAUGAUUUGGAAUCAUUUUAAGACGAAGUCCCAAUAUAGUGAGGUCCACGUUAUUAUGGCAGAAUCCAUUUUAUAGCCUGAGUGAAUUUCUUGAUAGUAAGAUGACAUUUUGAAACUUUCUUAUGACAUGUAUUAGGCUAUAAACCCUUGUCACAGUCCAUCCAGCAGCGCUGGUCAAUGACUUGGAAUGAAACUAAAACUAAAACUAUUGCAUGGGAGUUAUAAUUUCAAUGAACUAGUCUUACCGGUCCUGAUAUUUGUGAAUCCUUCUUUAUUGACAACAUCUUUUACGAUACAAAAAUAUAGAUCAAUAUGCUUGAAUGAGUCAAAUGAUUUUUUUCACUUUAAUGAGGUCCACGUUAUAAUUGCAGUGAAGAAAGAUAGGAGAACAACGUUGCCGAUCCUUGUCUUGUAGCCUUCUAUAGACGGUAGCUGAUACAGGUUUAUUGAUGUAAUAUUAACUGUGUUCAUUCUCGUUUGAAAGAAUCAAUUAUAUUUUAUUAAGCAAGAAAUUAUAAUUUUCAAUUAUUUCAUAAUGAAUUUUCAUGAUUGAGAUGUAAUAUUUUAUUAAUUAAUUAUCAAUGAUACAUUAUGAGAAUAUCUGGCAACGAAAAGACGAUCUUGCAACAGAGCAAAGCUAGAAAGAGAUAGCGCGCUUUGUAAUAUUAACUGUGUUCAUUCUCGUUUAAAAUAAUCAAUAAAUUAUAUUUUAUUAAGCAAGAAAUUAUAUUUUUCAAUUAUUUUCAUAAUAAUUUUUACUAUUAAAAAGAAAUAAUAAUUUGUUAUAUUUUAUUAGGCAAGAAAUUAUAUUUUUCAAUUAUUUUCAAAAUUAAGAUGAUAUAAUUUGUUAAUUAAUUAUUAGUUCUACAUUGUUGAAAGACGAUCUGGCAGAAUAGCAAAGCGAGAAAGAAAUAGCUUCCAUCCGCUUUGUUGAAUGAUAGACAAGGAUAGCAAUACCAUUGCUAUUCAAACACUGCCAUUAUAACGUGGACCUCACUCACUACCUACCUCCGUAAACAGAGGUAGUGCCUCACUAUAGUCUAUACUCUAUAAUAUUAUAGUCUAUAUUUAUUUUUGAAAUGAAUUACCUCUACUGUGAUUUAGUUUCAGCUUACUUUGUAAACGACCCUGAAUAAACUAUCAAACUAUUUUUAAUACUAGCAAAUAUGAUAUAGAGAUUCAUUUAGAAUUCUUUGGAACACUCUAGUAUUCAUCAACAGUUGGAGAUACUUUCUACAUCUGGGUUCAUCACUCAAUUUCUCUGUAAUCGCAUCUCAUUCACCAAUAUUCACAUCUAUAUAUGUUUCAAUUCUUGAUCUUUCUCAUUUUCCCUUCAAAACUUUUGAUUGGCUUUUAUUCGACGUGAAACAUGAAACUUGUAUAUGAGGAAUUUCAACGAUAAUUAUUGAUUUGUUAACUUGACGCUUGAAUAAAUAGAGCUUUUUAUAUUUCAAAUAUAUUAUAUCAUUCUUUUUUUACUGAUGAAUAAAUAUAUUCUCCUGCA